AUGGCGAAGUGUUUGGAUCAUUUCAAGCGAGCUAACGACUGCUGGCGCUUGGUGCGGAUUGUUAUCGUGGACAAGGAUAUGCGAGAGGUGGAGGUCAUCCGACAGAAGCGUCCGGAAGUCCGUGUUCUACUAUGUCACUUUCACGUUAUCAAGUGGCUGCAUGAAACAAUUCGGAAAUCCAGCAAGUAA